AUGAAAAAGCUUGACAGUUACCACGUCAUGGUAGUUUCAAAUUACUUUGCAACUAUUCAGGACUUCAUUUCUCUUGAAUUUGUUUGUAAAAAGUUCAGUGGAACGUUACAAAAAUUUCAUUAUAACCCCAUUUCACUCACCACAAACACAAUAAAGUACUUUCCUAACAUUGAGACACUUCACAUUUACAAUCCAGACGAUGAGAAGUUUGAAAACACCACGUUUUUCCAAAGAGUAAUUUGGUAUCCGGUGCCUUACUUUGUAUUUUCUGAACAUCCACAGAAUGUGUCUUUCAAGAAGGUCAAGAUAACAAAAAAUGAUUCUAAGCUAUUUUCAAAAACAAAUUGCGAACUUCCGAACAACGUAUAUGUGUUAUCUGAAAAUGCAUUUAUCAACAACACACAAAUUGUCACGAUACACCUUCCCCAAACCCUUUUUAGUAUAGGCAGCAAUUGUUUCUAUUGUUGUCCCAACCUCACUUCUCUAAUUAUUCCGGACCGCGUUUGUCUGAUAGGGAAUUACUGUUUUAUGCGCUGUUCAAAAUUGGAGUAUUGUGCAUUGUCAUCUUCACUUAAAGAGCUUUCUCUUAGUCUUUUUGCUUCUUGUGAUUCUCUGAAAGAGGUUAUCAUACCACAGAGUGUCACUUCCAUUGGUGAAAAUUGCUUCUUAAAAUGUACUUCACUGACAAAAGUGUGCUUAACAGAUUGUAUAAAAGAAAUUGGGCAGUACGCAUUUGCGUCAUGUGAAAAACUUGAGCACAUUGUUUUGCCAACCCGUCUCGUUGAGAUUAAAGCAGCCACGUUUUAUAAAUGUCGCGCACUUCGUGAGAUAACAAUUCCACAAAGUGUGACACGGAUGGAGGAUAUUUGUUUUUCUCUUUGUGUCAAUUUGGAGUCGGUUACACUUCCAAGUAACAUCGUUUUUGUUGGUCACGAGCAAUUUUGGAAUUGUGGAAAAUUACCUAAAACCGAUGAAAAGAAGAAAGAAACGUUAUUGGGUAAAAUGCGUCAUUUAUUCCAUUGA